AUGUCGGGGCCGCAGAUCUCUUCAGCAGAGCUUGACACGUCAGAUAUCGGUGGACUGCCGCUAGCUACACUAACCCUCUCAACAAACGGCCUGCAACACAACGCCAUCAUUUUGGAGGCGUCAAGGUCUCUAGCACAGCUCGAGACAUCAACUCAAAAUCAAAUUCCACUGGUGAAGCUGGAAUAUACAAUGCCUCUAGAUGAAAGCGCUCACAUUAACGGCAAGACAGACGCAGUCACGGUCUCUCUACCACAGUCGUUUUCAACCUCUCUCAUGUCAGUCUACCAACCAUAUCGAGCAAUCAACCUAGUCAUCCCCUCAAGACUCUCCUCGCUCAACUAUCCAAAUACUAUACAGUUUGCUACGACAAACACGUCGGACAUAAAUUCUAAGAGUAAUAUUCUCAAUCUCGUGGAAUUCCUCAUUGCUUGUAGCUUAGACGAGUUUCACGAAGCACGGACGGCACAGCCACCAACAGGAGCAGCAUCAAACACCACUGCUGGGCCCACUGCGCCUCUCCAGCUGUCAGAAACAUGGAGUUUAGAGGAAAGUACUCUUCACCAGGUCAAGUACGUGCUUAUGCUCGCAACUUCGAAAUGGCAUUUGCUGGAUCUUCCGACAGAAAUCCAUUUAAAGUCAAUGAGGAUACCCGACCUUCACAGGGUUCGGGAACUGUUUCGGCUCCUCCCCGGCAUGACCAACCUGUGUGUGGCGACUGGGGAUAAUGUCUUCGAUAAGGAUCAUAUCGUAAACUUUCAAACAGCAGAUGAAGGACACUUCUGGAGAGCACUUAUUCUGAAAGAGCACGGGAUAAUGCUGAAGGAAGAGAUUGAACGUCGCAUUGUUCAGGAUAGAAGUUUACCUCCAUGCCUGAGAGCGGCAACUUUGAUGUGCAAAGUGAUGGCUGUAGAUCGCAUGAAAGACUGGAACAAAAAACGUCCAUUGCUUCUUGCGGAGGAUUUUGAGCCGGUGGGGCUGGUUGAGGGAGAGUACAAGGAUAAGUCGCUGACUCGCCCGAGUCCGGUGUCGAAGCUUUCUUUACCAGUUGCAGGGUCUUGA